GGGUGCGGCCCCUCUUCCUCCUACCACGGCUCUGUCCAGCGCAUUGAGGCUGCUGUGCUGGCAGCUUCGCCCUUCGAAUGCUUUCCUGAGCAGCCUGCCUGGUCGGGACCGCAGCCUGCUGACGGAGAAGACGACAGUAGCGAAGUGGAAGAAGAAGAGAAAGGCCAGGGAGGGCUGCAACCUGCCAGGUUCCUCCUGGGAGGAGAGGUUAGCGAACGCAGUGACUCCGCUGUGGAGACUUCCCUAUCAAGAGCAGCUGCAGGUGAAGUAUGAAAGCCAAAGGAAGGUUUUGCAGACACUGGCAUCUCGUCUUGAGGAGCUGGGCAUAGAUGCGCAGAAACCUGGCGGGCUCUGCUGUCCUCUCCGGCCUGUAGUCCCUUCGCCCAUCAUUAAUGGCUACCGAAACAAAUCUACUUUCUCUGUGAAUCGAGGACCGGAUGGGAACCCCAAAACCGUGGGGUUGUAUGUGGGAACUGGCAGAGCAAGAAAUAUUGUCUGUGUGAAAGCCAACCACAUGGAGAACAUACCCCCAAAACACAAACAAGUAGCCCAGUGCUAUGAGGAGUUCAUCCGUCGCUCCCCCCUGGACCCCUGCAUCCUCUUCCAUGAAGGCGGACACUGGCGGGAGCUUGUGGUACGCACCACCAGCCAUGGCCACACCAUGGCUAUCAUCACCUUCCACCCCCAGGAGCUGGACCAGGAGGCACUAGCUACUCAGAAAGCAUUGCUUAAGGAGUUCUUCACGUGUGGUCCUGGAACAGCCUGUGCCUUGACUUCACUUUAUUUCCAAGAAAGCACCAUGACCCGCUGCACCCAUGAGCAGUCGCCCUUCCAGCUCCUUCACGGAGAACCGCAUAUCUUUGAAGAAGUGCUCGGCCUGAAGUUUCGCAUCUCUCCGGAUGCCUUUUUCCAAGUAAACACGGGUGGAGCAGAAGUUCUGUACCAGGCAGUUGGGGAGCUGUGUCAAGCUGGUGGGGACACCGUCCUCCUCGACAUCUGCUGUGGAACGGGCACAAUUGGUCUCUCCCUGGCUCACCAGGUGUCCAAGGUUAUUGGUAUUGAGGUGGUGGAGAAGGCAAUAGAGGAUGCCAGGUGGAAUGCAGCAUUGAAUGGAAUUUCAAACUGUGAGUUUCACAGUGGAAAGGCAGAGGCCGUGUUACCGCGACUCCUGUCGCCGUGGGAGGAUACCAGACCCCUUGUUGCUGUGGUGAACCCAUCUCGGGCUGGGCUCCAUUAUAGCGUUGUGCAAGCUAUCCGAAACUGCAACUCCAUCCGAAGGCUGCUCUACAUCUCCUGCAAGCCAGAGGGUGAAGCUAUGAGGAACUUUCUUGAGCUGUGCUGCCCACCUGACCCAGGGAAGAAGCUGGCUGGAGAGCCAUUUGCCCCCGUGUUGGCUAUACCUUUUGAUAUGUUUCCUCAUACUGUUCAUUGUGAGCUGGUGCUGCUGUUCACCCGCUGA